UGCUAUUGUCGCUGCUUUCGAAAUCGUAGCUACGGAUGCUGCUUCGACAACUGCUGCUUGGAUAGCUGUCCGUCAUUCUGACUACUGGUCUGUAUAUGAACCCAAGCAGAAAUGUGUUGAUGUGAACAAUUGUGAUUGAGAAAUGAGGUGGAUGGUAAAAGCAACCGAGCCUAAUGUUUGGCGUAGCUACAUACGAGCUCAAACAAGACUUUUUCGACGACACUGGAUGCCUGGUGCUUUCGCUGGCUUGAUGCACUGAUUUGACCGAGUGUUUGACUGAAUAAAAGGUCACUCUCUUCUCGAUUGGAGACAAAAUGGUCCCCAGAGAUGCUAUGACGAAGCCUUUGCAGCUGUAUCAUUUUGCCAUUCAUCGCGAUGUUGUUCGUCUUGGGUCAAAGCCUUUGACACUGUAUGUACUGAAGAACUGCAACAUCUGUAAUUACAGUUGCCUCUUCCCUUUGAAGCUUCACUUCUUGUCCACUGGCAAUUCCCUCCAUCGCCAAAUUGUUGAUUCGGAUGCUGAAACCAUGCGCGUCAUGUGUGGCAGCGAAAGAGACGAAAUUUGGUUGCGCUCUUCAGUAGAAAUUAUCACCUUAAUUUCAAGCACGUCACGACCCGGAUCUCGUCCAACACAUUUCACAAGUCGUAUCAUCGUCAGCGAUCGCAGAAGUGAGGGAAAGUAUGUUGAAGUUGAUAAGCUUUACCGGCUAGAAAAAAGGGUGCAUGCGGUUCGAACGCUAAAGAAUUAUUAUUCACAAAUUUCAGAAAAAUCACCUUGUAAUUAAGAUAUAAC